CAGAUCUUCCUUUCCUUGGACAACCAACUGGAGUGAAAGACAGAUUGGAAUCGUUUCCACCGGCUGGCGGUGAUAAAUGUUCCGACUGAACCGUGAAAUUACUGACACUCACGAGCGCGUGUGCGAGUGCCGAGGAUCGGUGGAGACAUCUUCUGUGCUUUGUCUCCUCCGGGUUCGGUUCAACCGCUGAUGCUGCUGCUUCUGGACCUAUCGAGCGAGAAUACGCAACCGAGCAAGGUUCAGUCGGUGUCAGCGAGCGGAACGGAUCGGAUCUCUCUCUUUUCGGCUAGACUCUGGUUGUCAGGCGAACCGAUGGACUAUAGGCGGCCGAAUCAGCAGUUUCCGGAGUUUUGACGGCACAUUUUUUCUGUUGUUUUGGUGCCAUCCGAAGGUGUGACACAGUGAAAAAAGGUUCAAUUAAUUAAACCGAUGAUGGGGGGUCAGUUGAAUGAAUUGCGGAAGGAAUAGUAGGCGUUUGGGGGAAAAGGAAAAGUUUUCCUUUUACAAGCAGUGAAUGAAAGUGUGUAAAAAUCAGCGGAGUAGAAGUUUGCUCCCUGUUUUUGAAGAAAAUUAAGAAGAGUUCAGUGAUAUAAAAAAGUGAAGAUAAAUCGUUGCAAAAGUGAUUGAGGUCUAGAAAGUCGGCAGAUGGAGCUUAGUAAUGAAAUUGCCGGUGCAUAGUGAGAGUGUAACAGAAGGCAUGAGCGGUAAUUGUGUUUUGUAGGAAUUAGCACCCGAUGCGACAUGGAAACAUUUUCUGACAUUCCAUCGAAGCAGCGGCAGCAGGACCCGAUUGCUGGAACCGAGCCGCAAGACGGCAAAAAGAGAUUGGCUAAUGCAGCUACAGCAAGCUCUAAAGUACAGCGGAGGAGCCCUACGAGGAAAAUUCACGGUCAUGGUCGUAAAGGUAGCGGAAAUAGUCUAGAAGGUGGCUCUCUUGCCAAACCGGGAUCCCCCUCGUCGUCAGCAAGCAGUUUGAUCAACUAUUUAUUCUACCUGCUAUGCAUCACAUCCCUGGGUGCUACCAUAUACUCCAACAUACGCCAAUCAUAUCUAGAGGAUAGAUUAUUUAGCCUAGUUAGUAUCGAAGAACGCCUAAGUCUGUUAGAGGCCCAAAUCCGAGAUGUAUAUAGAACGGGCAGCUCCCGAGUGUGGGGAGGUGACCGAGAGCAGGAGGACAGCGUCGCGGAUACGGUGCGAAAGAUUUCGCUACAAAUCGCUGAACUACCGAGGAUACGUCGCGACGUUUCGGCACUGAAAUUGUCGCGGACGGCUCGACAAGCAGCGAUCCAACCGAUGGAGGGAGGAGAGUGCAUGUGUCCACCAGGACCACCUGGCCCUCCAGGACCUCCCGGUAAAAGAGGGAAGCGUGGCAAGAAAGGUGAUCCUGGUGAACCAGGAGUGGAGGGUCCAACAGGUCCACCUGGCAAGAAUGGUCUUCCGGGCCUGAAGGGAUCGAAGGGAGAUCGAGGCUCGAUGGGACCAAUCGGACUGGACGGUCCCAAAGGUGAGCCGGGACGACCUGGCGACAAGGGCUCGAAAGGCGAAGUCGGACUGCCACCGAUAGACGUGUUCCAAACAGUGAAGGGAUUAAAGCGAUCCGUUACGACGCUGCGGGGCGGUUCGCUGGGAUACGCUGAAAUUGUAGCCGUUAAGGUACCCAUCAUUUCAACUCACACCACAAUGCACCGUAUUGGUUUUGCUUUCGUAAUCUUAAAGUGUGUAACCAACAACAACAACAAGCACAACAACGGUUUACUCACCGGCUUUCCUCCUUCGAAGGGCCGAUUCGUGGUACAUGGUCGCCGCUUCCGUCAGAAAUCAGGAUCGCAGUGUGCCACGAGUCGGUUUUUGCGAGGAGCGCGAUGCUUUACGUAG